UGGAGGUUUCACUCAAGAUUCAACGAUCUCAUUGCCGAAUAUCACUCAACGAUUAAUUUAAAUUGUGUUCAGUUUUAAAUCCUCGAUUUAAGUGAAAACAUGGCAGAUCCUAAAUACGCACAUCUCUCUGGAAUCGCGUAUGACCAGCCUGAUGUCUACGAGACGACUGAUCUACCUGAGGCCGAUCAGACGAAAGAGGAGCCAGAAGAGGAGUCUGAAUCGAUUGAACAUGUGAAGAUCAAUGCUAGUGAUGCUUUCUCAAAAUUCAAAGGCAAACAUUUGAAUGCGAAGAAAGUGGAUUUCUCAGACAGGCUAAGCAAGACGUUUAAGACUGGUUAUGGAAUUAGUGGUGAAUGGCAGUUGGUCCCUCCUGGUGAAAUAGAGACCCCACUUCAAAAGUACCAAAGGCUGAAAUGUGAGAUGAAAGAACUUCUGGAGGAAGUCGCUCAAGUAAAGGAAAGUGAGAAGGAGACCAAUGAAAAUAUUGAUGGUGCUGUCAUCACAAAUCUAGAGGUGAUGAGCAAACAGCUGGAGGAGCUAGCUCUGGAUAAAACUUUUGGGACUGAACUUGUGACCAACCUGGCAGAUCCUGAAGGUGCUCAAAUCAAGAAAAUGCUCUCUGAACUGGACCAGCUUGGUUCUGUCGAUUCAUCAAAGGGCAAGGGCGACUCCAGGGUGGUUCCAGGCGAAGGGCCAUCUUGUGAAGUUAAGUACAAAGUCAGCACAAGGCCUCACCAAGUGCACUUAGGCUCAUCAGCCCGAAUCGCAGAUCUAGAGGCACGGGUAAAAAAACUCAAUGCCAUCGUCGCUAAUACACCAGAUACUUUGAGGAGGCUUGUAGGGGGAGGAGAAAAAAGCCUAACUGAAACGUCCCAUUGGGUUGCUGGAAAAGUUGCAUUGCUUGAUACUUCACAGUUGGAAGCUAUUGAUGUUCGCAUGUCAGCACUUCUGACAAAAUUGGACCAACUUGCUGAAAGAUCAUCUGCUAUUACGGGUUCUUCUGAUAUUGAGGCAGACAAUAAGAUUGCUGAGUUGUAUGAACUUACGAAAACGACUGAAGAAAUGGCUCAAGUGUUACCACGUGCUUUAGACCGUAUGGUGGCCCUCGAAGCACUUCACCAGCAGGGAAAUGGUUUCAUCAAAUCAUUAAGUGAAGUUGAAUCAAUGCAGCAGACGCUCGUCAACAGUUGCGAGACGACCAAAGAGGCUUUGAAAAAAAUGGAAGAGCACUUCACAGUAUCUGUUAAAAACUUGAAACAGUCGCUUGAAGAUAUGGACAAAAGGAUAAAAACGUUGUCAGAAGCCAAAAAGAAGAAAUAAUUCUCAGUUUUUAUCACUUGUCCUGGAGUGAUUUCAAACUUCAUUAAAAAGUGUACAUAGACGGAUAAGUUUAUUUAUUUGUGUGCAAUUGAUAAUCCUGUCAAACAUAACUUACUGCUUUAUACAUAAUUAUUGUAACAUGUAACUGCCUUUUGGAGUUUGUCAUUGAAAUUUAAGAUGUCUCAUUUAUUAACUUGAAUUAAUAAUUAAUUUAUUUACUGGCACUGUGAUAAAUUCAGUUUUAGUGAUUAUUGCUUUAUAGUUUAAUAUUAUAUAAUCUACUUUAAGAAAAUUAUUCAGGAUUUUUAUAUAGUCCAUUUUGGUAUUGUUUAUUUUGUUUUAUUAAUUUCUCUGCUUUCAUAUAAUACAUGAUUUUGCUUCCUUAA